UGGGAGUUGUGAAACCUUGGGGUUAGGAACUAGACGAAGUCUUAAGCUUGAAGUGGUCCACGUGUUUUUUCUUGCAUUGGCUAGUGGGAUGAAGUUUGGAAUUUUAGGCGGGUACUUUAGGAGCUAUUUCAAGCCCCAAAUCAAGUGCCAUAAUCCAGAAAAGGAUAACCCAGAUAUAUUUUUUUUCUAGUCUAGACUAGACUAAUGGACUUGCCGGCGGUUUGUCGUGUUCCCCCUUGCUGCUACAAUCGGCGCCAACCUCUGUUUUCUUCUCCCUCAAUUACUCCACAGAAACAUAUGACUGCACAUUUCAUAAGAUUUGUCCUCCGCAAUAAAGGGAGUGUUGUUUGCAGACUGAGUGAGACUGAAACUGAACCUGAUAAAAACGACGACAAGUCGGACAAGGAAGCGGAUGGGCUAAAUCUGAAUGACCCUGUUGCAGAUAAAAGUCUUGAGCUGAACUCUCAGGCUCAUCAGGAUAAGGAUCAACCAUUGGGGAUGUUGGAGAAUACAAGUCUAGAGAACAAUAAUGGAGCUCAAGUGAAUGAACAAUCUGGAGUUGAGCCUCAGCAACUCGAUGAAUCAAUCAGGAUUCCCAAGGAAACAGUUGAAAUUCUAAGAGAUCAAGUAUUUGGUUUUGACACGUUUUUUGUUACAAGCCAGGAGCCAUAUGAGGGUGGAGUACUCUUUAAAGGGAAUCUACGAGGACAGGCUGCAAAAACUUAUGAAAAAGUAUCAAAGAGAAUGCAGGAAAAACUUGGAGAUGACUAUAAACUUUUUCUUUUAAUCAAUCCGGAAGAUGAUAAGCCUGUGGUGGUUGUGGUCCCAAGAAUGACUCUGCAACCUGAAGCUACAGCUGUUCCAGAAUGGUUUGCAGCAGGGGCCUUUGGACUCAUUACAGUAUUCACUUUACUUCUUCGCAAUGUGCCAGCAUUACAAUCGAACUUGUUAUCAGUUUUCGACAAUCUUGACUUAUUGAAGAAUGGAUUACCUGGAGCUCUCAUAACUGCCUUUCUUCUGGUGGUUCAUGAGGUUAGCCAUCGUUUUGUUGCCACAGAGGUUGGGAUUAAGCUCGGCAUCCCAUAUUUUGUUCCUAGCUGGCAGAUAGGCUCCUUUGGUGCUAUAACAAGGAUUCUAAAUGUUGUACCAAAGCGUGAAGAUCUGUUGAAAGUUGCAGCAGCUGGACCAUUAGCUGGGUUCUCUGUGGGCCUUAUUCUUUUGCUUUCAGGAUUCAUCUUACCUCCUACUGAUGGCAUUGGCAUCAUCAUAGAUCCCUCUGUGUUUCACGAAUCAUUUCUAGCUGGUGGUAUAGCCAAGCUUCUUUUGGGAGAUGUUCUCAAGGAAGGAACUCCUAUAUCGGUAAAUCCACUUGUGAUAUGGGCCUGGGCUGGACUUCUCAUUAAUUCCUUCAAUAGCAUUCCUGCAGGAGAACUUGAUGGUGGCCGGGUUGCUUUUGCCAUGUGGGGAAGAAAGGCAUCAGCUCGCCUCAGUGCUUUAUCUAUUGGGCUUCUGGGAAUAUCUUCAUUGUUAAACGAUGUGGCAUUUUAUUGGGUAGUGCUAAUAUUCUUCCUCCAAAGAGGGCCUAUUGCUCCACUAUCAGAAGAAAUCAGUGAUCCUGACAAUAAAUACAUGGCCCUUGGAGUUGUAGUAUUGCUCUUGGGCCUGUUGGUUUGCUUGCCAUAUCCCUUUCCCUUCUCUAAUGAAGCCGCCACCACUGGUUUCUAGAGAGAAGUUACAUUCGACAUGUUUUUGGCUCUUGAGAAAAGUAAAAUAAACUCUGGAGAAAGAAUGUUUUAUUGCCUCAGCAGUUAAAGAUGGUAGAAUUCUCCUAACUCGUUUGGAAACUGAUAUGGAAGAUUUUGCCUCCAAAAUCCGGGUGUAAGUUGGAACUGAGCAAGUAGCCAAUGACAUAUACAUAAUACUUGUGGCAUUUGUUGUACUUAAGUUAAUACAAGAGUAGCUUGAUAUUUUAUGCAAAUUCAUAGAAAUUAAAUUAUAGUAUAAAAGAUUUGAAGUCAAAUAAGAAUUUUUUUUUUUGUG